AUGCCCAAGAACGAUAAGACGCAUUUCACGGCUAACCAAAUGUCGCGCAACAUGGGUGUGCAGUUCUCUUGGUGUUUGUUCAUAUUUCUCGCUUAUGGAAGUGCUGCGGAACCGCCCCCUAUGGUCCAAACGGUGUACGGCCCCGUGAGAGGAUCGUAUAUGAAAUCGGCGAGUGGGAAGCAAUUUGCUGCAUUUCGUGGCAUUCCUUAUGCACGACCUCCCGUUGGAAAGUAUCGUUUUGAGAAAUCUGCUCCGUAUGAGAAAUGGCCUGACACGUGGAAUGCAACAGAAUAUGGAAGCCCCUGUCUACAGUAUGAUUUUACGUUUUCCCCUGAACAAGAACGCGUAAUAGGAGAUGAAGAUUGUCUUUUUGUAAACGUCUUUACCCCGAAGCUUCCUUCUAGCAAAAACAAUGAUUUUCUAGAUGUAUUUGUAUAUAUUCAUGGAGGAGCAUUUGUUCAUGGAGCAGGCUCCUUGUACGGUCCUAAAUAUUUAAUGGAUCAUAAUUUUGUGGCUGUCACAUUUAACUACAGAUUAGGAGUUCUUGGCUUCCUGAGCACAGAAGAUGAAGUCGUACCAGGAAAUAAUGGAUUAAAAGAUCAAUCACUUGCAUUGCAAUGGAUUAAGAAAAACAUUCAUGCAUUUGGAGGAAAUCCUGAAAAGAUUACAAUUACUGGCACAUCUGCAGGAGGAGCCAGUGUGCAUUAUCAUUAUUUAUCUCCAUUUUCCCGAGGUCUAUUUAAGCAAGGUAUGUCAUUUAGUGGAAGUGCUCUAACACCUUGGGCUCAAGGAUAUCAACAUAAAGAAAAAACAAAAAAAGUUGCUGACUUGGUCGGCUGCAGCACGGAAACAUCACGCGAAAUGGUUGAGUGCUUAAAGACACGACCUGCCAGAAAGAUUGUUGAACAGACAAAGCAUUUCCAGGUUUGGCGAUUUAUCCCAUUUAACCCCUUUGGGCCCAUUAUACCUGAACCAGGUAAAACACCAUUUCUUUCUAAACAACCUGUCGAUAUAAUACUUGGAGGUGAAGCACAAGAUCUGCCUUGGUUGACCAGCAUAACAACAGAAGAAGGACUCUAUCCUGCUGCUGUCAAACUUUUCUUAUUGCAAACUCCAUGGAAAGAUACUGAGAAUAAUGAUCAUACUGAAUUAGAAUUUGCAGCAAAGGAUGAAGCUCUCCAAGAUUUGAAUGAAAAAUUCAAUGAUAUCGCCCCACAUCUUCUAUUUUUUAAUUAUACUGUUAAUAACCAGGAAAAAAAUCAAGUGAGUGACAAAAUACGUCAAUACUACUUUCAAGACAAACCUAUAUUACAGGAAUCACGUCAAGAGCUCAUUCAGAUGGUAGGUGAUAGAACUUUUGUAGUAGCAGUGGAGAGAGCAGCAAGACUCAUGGCAUCUGCAAAUUCUCAACCUGUUUACUUUUAUGUCUUUUCACACAGAGGAUAUGACAGCAUUUCUAAUUUUAUGUCAAAAACAAAUAUUAAUAUGGGUGUCUCUCAUGGUGAUGACACGGGAUAUAUAAUGCACAUGACAUUUUGUAACACCGAAUUGUCAGAAGAAGAUAGAGCUGUUUCACAACUGAUGUUAGAUAUUUGCAAAAAUUUUGCCAAGACUGGUAACCCCACACCAACUAGAAAAAAUAUUGUAUGGAAACCAGUUGGAGCAAGAAGUGAAGAAUUAGACUAUUUAAGUAUACCCAACAGCAAAGAAAUAACAAUGAAAUCAAGUUUAGAUUUAGGGCACACAAGAUUUUGGGAUUCUUUACCAUUAAAUGAACCACACAGAUUUAAUCAUGUAAAACAUUCCGAACUGUAAGAAAAAUACUUAAAGAACUUUUGUAUGAAUAAAUCAAUUUAUAUUCUGACAAAAUUUUUUUUUUAGUUUUAUUCUAUGAAAACAAAUGAGGAACAAGGAAAGUGUUGUAAGAAUUCAAAUUCUUUAUUUUGUAAAUAUCAUAUUUGUUAGCCACAUUCAUAUGUACUAUAUGAGUAAACAUAACAUAAUGAAAAAUCCACUUCUAUUUCCAAGAUACAUAGAGCAAAUUAUAUUUCAUGAAAAUUAUACUCUAGUUAGGAAGCCUCACAUAUCUUUCUCAGUUGAUAGGCCACUCAUAAUUGUGACAUCAAAUAACCUGUGUUUCAAUGUUAAUUGUUGUCCUGAAGGUCACAAAUAAUUGUUAGCAAUUUAAUGUCUGUUUCCGUCCAGUGACCCACACAUACAGAUAAUAUAUGAGCAGCUCAUUAAAGUAUGUAGCAGCAUAACUGAAACUCAUAAAAAGUGACAAAAAUUAAGCAAGAAUUCAGUAAUUGUAAAGUGCCUAUCAAAGAGAGAGAAAGAACGUACCAUAAGGUGACAAGUUCCGUACUUCUAUAAAUAUACUGUCCAGUGAAAAAGGUAAUGCACAUACAGUGGGUGCACUUAUCAGAUGUACAUUGCUUCUGAAAGGAGCUACUUUAUACAUUCAUGAACAUUAGACAAGGUAGCUAAGCAAACCAAAAAGCAAGUUUAACAACUUCAAAAUAAAAAUUUUGAAAACGUACCUGAACUGUGGCCAUUCACAGACAUUGUUUAUAACAUCUCAUUUCAUAUAAGAAAUUUAAAUUAAAAAUGUCUUUAUGCCUGAAGAACCAAAUAAUUUUAGUUGUAUGAAAUUAACAAUACAAUUAAAAAGAUAUGAAAUAGAAUUUAUAGAAAGAUACUUUUCCCAAGCCUUAAUUAAAAGCUCUAUGAUUUGAUAUUACAAAGUAUAAACUCCAAAUAUUCCUCAAUGUAUCAAAUUAAUAUUAAGACAAUGGAAUUAUAACUUAUUAAUCAUAAUAUUUUUUAAAUAUAAAAAAUUCACUAAGUAUAUUAAAUUAAAUUUGUACAUUUUACAAAUUAAAAAUGAAGGUUAAUGGACAAACCCACAAUCAUUUAAAAUGUAUCCAAUUUAUAAGUAAACUACAAUGAAUACACUCAAUUAAAAAUUUGACAGAAAUAGAUUUCAACAGAGAAUUCAGUCUUUAAGAUACUUAUUACAUUAAAUACAUCUCAAAACACGGGUUAAUUCCCUAAUCUUAAUUUUCACAAAUUCUACUUCAUGUAAUGAAUAAUAACAAUUUUUAACAAUUGAGAUUACUCUUGCUUCUUCCUAAUUCAUACUUCUUCCAAAAUUGAAAAUAAGCAUCACAAAAGAAAUACAUAAAUUAUAUUGCUCUUCCUACUAAAAAGUAAAAAAUAAAGUUAAAUAUUCUCACAAAAUCAGGAAAAGUCUGUGUAGAAUGUAUUUCUGACAUAAAUGACAUCUAUACAAGACUAAAAGAACAAACAAGUAGUGUUUUUAAAAGAUACAAACAUUGAGUAAAUAAAAUAGAAAAAGGAAUAAGAAGAAAGAAAUCAUUACAUUUACUAGACUUUCAUAAAAAAUAAUGUAAAAAUGGCUUUAAAGAAUAAAAUUAUUCAAAUUAAUUUAUAAAUUAAUGGGGCGUAAAUAUUUCCUAAAUUGAAAAGUUUCAAUUUUUGACAAGCAAACAAUAUUGUCAGUAAAAGUUGUUGAAGACAAGAAGCUGAGAUAAAAUUGUAAUGUCACACUUUAGCAUUUUCAUCUUACAAAUAUUUUUGGGAAAAAAAAUUCAAACAUAUCUGUUGGACAUGAAAGAAACAAUAUUUGUACUCAAAAAAUAAUAUGCUUACAAAAAAACAAUAUUGUUUCAUAUUUCUGAGCACAAUAUUGCAUAGUGGUUCAAUUUACAUCUCAAGAUCAAUUUAAAGUUUUUAAGGAACAGCAAAAUGGUAAUGAAUAAAAGAAAGUCAAAUAACGAAACAAAAGCCAAUAACCAGCAAACUCUUCACCAAAUCAAUUGCAUAUUUACUUGAAAGUAUAUUCUCAUUACGCAUGAGACAUCAGCUGUUAAUGUUCAAAUAAAUAAAAACAAUUUUAUUCAUGAUUUUUUUUUUUUUUGAAGGAAAAAAAAUCUUGUUUAUAUUUCAUUUUAAACAUUUGGAACACAGCCAAA